AUGAGUAACACACGCCAGCGCGUGGGCGGGGGUAAAGCAUCCUUCACGCAGCGUACGAUGAAUUUUUUCCGCACGUACAAACGCGACUUGUUCUUUACUUGCGUUGCUUUCAUGGCUAUAGGCACUGUGGCUAGACGUGAGUUGAUGGUACGUGGUGUAGUGUCGCCGCCACAGAAAAUUGAAGCGGUUCCGAGGGUGGAGCGGGAGUUUGGCUCGAAGCGUCAACGGAGUGAAUGA